AUGGCAGAUAGGCGCUCUAUUUCGUCGGAUGACUAUAACGAUGUGACUAUACAUGAAGCUAUUUCGAUGGACACAAAGACGUUCGCACAACUUUCCUCCUCCGCAAGUGCUGCUAAGGAUGCAAGGAUGCGUUCAGCUCUCGAGGCCCUGGAUGCUGCGACAAAGGAUGCGAAACGGAAGGCUGAGGAGUACAAAAGUAAUAAUGAUGUUUUCACGCGGGAAGCAAAUAAUAAACAAUUGCAAGAAGGUAGGAAAGAAGGAAGAAAGAAAUAG